AUGUGGAAAGUGCCCUUUUCGACUGUUAUUGAGGAGAUCAGCAAAGGAAUGAGCAACGUUGAGAAUCCUACAAGAAUCGAUCAAGGUGUUCCAGCAUUCAGUCAUCCCGCUUUGUUCGUGUACCUGAGUGAGAUAUAUCAUACCCGUGGCCGUGCUGACUUCUUCAAAGGAAUUACUCCUCAAAAAAUACAAGUGAUUGUUACUGAGCGCCUGCGAGCAAAGGGAAAGAACAACAAGACGUGCUUACACACGAAGUGUUGCGUACUGUUUCUGGACAACUACGUUGACUUAACAAUCAGUCUUCUUGCAAUUGAUGAUGGUGACAUUAGGACGAGAAAUUUGUUCAACUAUGAAAGGGCCUUUCCAUUGGGCAGUGCUGAAUUGGUCUGUAAAGCUAUCGGUGGCGUGAGAUAUGGUGGUUGGCAGUUGGUGGACGAUAUCACUCCACGUGAUUGGAUGUCUUCCAUAUGCAACGAAAAAUGGGCUGUAUCCUAUAGUGUCGUUUAUGUUUGUGUCAUAGGCAAAGACGAUAGGUUGGAGAAAGUCUGA